UCAUUCGUUUACAAGUGUCAGAUACUUGAAAGGGCGAGGAGGCGAUUUCGCGAUAUCGCGUUCAAAUUGUAUUACAAAAAAAAACUGUAACCAUAAUAAUGUUAUCAGUGAUCCUCGGAGGCAUGGCGUGUACCCGCCAAACCCGCCCAGUAUUUCUAUUAUAAAGCAACAUAUACAACCUUUUUUGUGUGACCGAUAUUGUUUUCAUUUCAUUUUCGGGAUGUUGAAGUUCAAAAAAAUGGGUUCGGAUAAAGUGCCCUUGUUGCUUGUGACCGCUAACGUCGGUUCCAUAUUCGAGGACCCGUUCGUCAUGCUUCCGAUAUGGACGUCGGAAUUUCUCCAAGCAGUUUCUCGCAUGGAUCCCAAGUUCAUAGCUCUACAUUUGCAAGAAGUUGGCGGGAAGGCUUAUGAGAAAUCGAUGCAAUAUGUGAAGGAUUUCGUCCAAAGACUAUGUGAUUGUCCUGAGCUGAGAUUAUUCGACAAGAUCAGGAUAUACCUGGAUGAAGACUUCAGCUCUCCAGAGAAAUUCACGGCAUUAGGCAACAUGUACUUCGCGCAUUCCAGUCUAACGGAUCUCAAGAUAUGGGACUUCGAACUGAAGUCGUACGUGGACGUCGUGGGCAAGGAGAUCAACAGUGGGAAUAUUGAGAAGGUCACGACGAAGGAAAAGGCUAAAUUCCCUCAGCACUUUUUUCCUGAAUGCAAGUGGUCACGUAAAGGAUUCCUGCGGACACGGUGGUCGAUUCGCGGCACUGCGAUCGAGUUCAUCAACAUUCACCUUUUCCACGACGCUUCCAAUCUCCUGGCUAUGGAGCCUUUUCCCUCUGUGUAUUGUCGAAGUAGGAGGCGCGCACUAAGGCACACUCUUCGUCAUUUACACUCUGAUGUCAAUUCCGCGCCGUAUUUCAUAUUCGGAGAUUUCAAUUUUCGGACGGACACGGGCGGCGUGGUGAAGAAAGUGACAGAAGAAUUGACGUCGUGCCGUCUACAAAACGGCGCGAAUGUCGAUUCGUCAAAACUGCAGUAUCGUUCGAAAGCAGAUGAUCGCGUCGUACUUACAGUUGGAAAGAAGGAGUUUGCUCAUAUCGACCACCAGAAGAUCUUUAGGGAACCCUGGCUACAAAAGUUCGAUCGGGAGUUAGAAUCUCUCCGGGCUCAUCUAUACGAGUUUCCAGUUAAAUUUCCCCCCUCGUACCCCUUCGAAGAGGAUGUCCAUCUACCCACGCAUUAUAUGAAGACUAGAUGUCCCGCUUGGUGCGACCGUGUAUUGCUAUCUCAGUCCGCAAGAUUACUGCUUCAACCAGACGCCCGGCACACUUCCAGAAAGUCAGUAGCGGAUUCGGACAGCGGCAGUGGGAGGAUGUCGUCAUCAGACAGUAGUCCCGCUAGAUCCGGUUCACCGGCGAGACAAAAUAGUCAGAUGAGCCCUGGCAAGACUUUGGAGAAAAAGUCGAGCGCCGCUGAACUGGAAGUGCCGGCUGUGACGUCACAAGUCGCUCGGAAAAGUAUCGCCGACCCCACCGGUCUACAGCACGCUAUUAAUGCGAGGUUGAAAGUGCAAUGCUUGGCAAAUAAAAAACAGGUGUCGGAUUCCGAAGCUUACCCAGGUCGUCGUAAGUUAGUAAGAAAUCAAUCAGAAGGUUCGCCUAAAUCAGGCGAAGCUUCGGCUGAAUUACGACGUUUAGUAGACAUUCCCACUCGUCGUAGAAACGAGUACGGUAUGAUAGGCGACGCGGCCUGCAUGGGUGACCAUAAGCCGAUUUAUCUCCGAGUGAUGCUGCAAAGCGAUCGAGGUAAUUUCCGUCAAGAGUAUCAUUCAGAAUCGUCGCCUAAGCACGUUACAACAGACGAAUCUGAACCGGAGCUGGAAUCACCCGGAUCAAGAUAUAUACACUUCAAUGCAAAUCCGUAUAAUAUUUUCAAGGAAUCUGAUAUAUAACUGGGUAUGUGACAUACCGUUAUUGUAUUGAUGUUUACAACAAUCAAUUUGAAUUU